AAAGCGAGGCAGGCAGCCCUGUAGAGUUCUCACAGCAGCGAGUGUUUCCGCUCACCUAAAAUUAAGAGCUGGCGAGUCGAGGAGGACAAGGAGUGACGGAGCAGGGCAGACGGGACCUCGACGGCGAAAUACUUCUAUUCUACUUUAUCUUUACAUCUUUAGUCUGUGGGUGUCGUCUUUAAAACUGACUUUAAUGCCUCGAUUGUGAACAGGGGCAGAGGAGGGCUCGCCGCUGUUAACCUUUACGUUGGUUAAGCCGUAGAGGACUCUGGCUGGCUGUCAGGGGGGGGAAAAGAUGUGCGAUGGAAUGGUAGCGUUUCCGACGAGAGCCCCGUCCUCCUCCUCUGUAGCCCACAGACUGGCUGCCUCUGCACUUCUCCUCUUCAUCCUGCUCCCUCAUGGUCAUGCAUCAGGUUGUGCGCCGCCGCUCAGAGUGCAGCAUGGAAGCCUGCUGAACCAGACCGAGUCCAACCAGGUCUCCUACCCUCCUGGCUCCCAGCUCACGUUUGGCUGCGAUCCAGGAUAUACUCCAGAUGGACCAGCUACUGUCUUUUGUACCAGCGACGGAGUUUGGUCCCGGUCGCCUCCAAACUGUAUCAAAAACUACGUGUGUUCGCCUCCUACGCAACCAGAGAACGGAGGCUACCGUUGCCACCCGACUCCCUGCCACCGGCUCAUCCACAACACCGUCAUCGAGUAUUUCUGUGACGAGGGAUACACGAUGAAGGGCGACUACAAGUACCUCACCUGUCUUAACGGCGAGUGGGACAAUCCCAUGCAGAUCAGCUGCAGACUAACACAAGACAAGGAGCCCAGCUUGCCAUUGGGGAUGCCAGCGCUGUCCAUCGUGUUGACCACAGCGAGUUCUGUGUUACUCAUCCUGCUCUUAGUGGUGCUGUUCGUCCUCGUACAGCCAAAACUCAAGUCCUUCCAUCACAACAGGAGGGAGCAGGGCGUCUCAGGCCAGACCAGCUCCAUCGUGGUGGAGGGUGUCCAGGUGUCCCUGCCCUCCUACGAAGAGGCGGUAUAUGGAAGUAGCGGACCCUGCGGCAUGUCUGGACCUUCUCCUUCUCCGCCACCGGCUGCAGCUCCACCAGAGUCGCGGGUCCCCAUCGUGCUCUCCGAGGGGCUUCCUCAGGGAGCCGCGGGGGGCCAAAGCUCCAGCAGGAGCCGCCAACACAGAGAAUUAGACUUCUGCCUCCCGUCAACCUCUUCCUCCUCCUUCUCCUCCCGCCGUCACGCAGAGACGGUGUUGGUUCAUCAGGCGCCCUCAUCCUCCUCCUGCUCGUCUUCGACUUCAUGGGCUAGAGAGCACCUUGCGGGUGCCUGGGCGGGCCCCCUACCUCUGCGUAGAGACUCUGAGAGCAGCGACCAGCACAGUCUGCUUUCAGUCACCUCUGUAGACGAGUUUGCUGACGAUAUCCCUCUGUUGAAGGAAGCAUGAUGCCUGCAGCCCGCUAUCAGCAGCAGCAGCAGCUCCUUCCUCUAUCUGUCGCUGCUGUCCGGAACCGACUGUGGCUGCCUAUUUACUUCCCCACAACUCCCCUCUGUCGUCCGAGCAGCCAGCAGAGAAGUGACUAGAACAAUGCUCAAUCUCCCACUGCAGCCUCUUCUGCUAUUACUGUUCUCAAGCGAAACCAACCAUCAGUACCAAUACUGCAACAUAAGCAAUGAUGGAGCCCACUGGACCCUUAUGCUGGUUGAACCUGAGCAAAGGCCAGACGCUUUAAGUGGAACCUGAUUGACGUAAAUCCUGUAGAUCCUGUGAAUAAGAGUGAAAAAUUACUUAUCGAGUCAGGAUUGUUUCAUAGGUUGCGUGUUGCCAUGCUUCUCACCCAGUGUAGUUAUCUGUAUCUCCACUGCAAAUAGUUUUACUUUUUUUUUUUCUUUUCUUCAGCAAAAGCUCUAGACUCAUCAGUUCUGAUCGGAAUCUCUGUCGAUACGGAAAAAAAAAA